UCACACCACUCGGGUGAUUGAGUGAAAGGGUUGCCUCUGUCAAAGCGUCAACGUAUCGUGCUCCCGGAGAGAAUCAGUGGUAAAUAGGGAAGAGGAUAUGGAAUGGAGUUGAACGGAGGAAGGAGAGGAUGGACAGGCAAGACGCCAAACGAGCAUUGUGCCAAUGGUUGUCACGAUCCCGCGUGACCCUUACACACAUCGGACCGUUGUCCAAUACUGCAAGCAGGUUAACUCCCACCGAGGAGAGCGAUCAUCUUCACAGGUCGCAUACCAUACCUGAGAAUGGUGAGGUAUCGUUGGGAAUGGAAUAUGGCGCAACUUCUGAAGCAGGGGCGAGGGUUCGACAUUUAGACACAAGAGGAGGAUCGCAGAGUUACAUAGUGGGAUGUCAAGCAAACGCUGUUGCAUUGUACGGAGGCUGUUGUAGUGUGAAAGAGCACUGGCACUUCUGGAUUGAGCUCAUUCAGAUUGUGGGGGUAGAAACAUACACGGCCGCGGGGACAUCGAACGAACAGCAGAAAACACCACAUGCGGAGAAGGAAGAAACCGGGGAUAGAGCCGGGUAGCAGAGCGACACAACAGAAAAACUG